UGGCAGCCGGCAAACUGAGGUGUUGGCACUGAAUUGAAUGGCUUAUCCCCGGCUAGAUUUAUCCUCGUGCGUCUGUCUCUUUAAGAAUUGGAAUGCGGCACUGUAUGAAUUCCUGAUAUAUUAGAGGUUUUUUGGUUUAAGAAGGACUGUAUGAUGGCACAGGUGUACGAGUUCGUGUGGCGGAUUUUGCAUGCCCUUCUGCAUCUGCAGCGAGCGCUCAUCUGCUGGUUCCGAGUCCGCCUGUGGAACUGGCGCCUCUGGAAGCGAGCAGUGGCGGCGUUGCUCGUACCAGUGGCGCUCGGUUUCCAGAACCACAAAAAACUGGGUCCAUCUGCCGGCAAGCGAGGUCUUCGCCGCGUCCGAUGGGGAGCCGACGGAAAAUCUCUAGAGAAACUACCGCUUCACGUCAGCUUGUUGAUAGCCGAAGAUGAACUGCACUACACGGACAUCGCCAAUCUGGUCGUCUGGUGCAUGGCAGUAGGCAUCUCUUACGUUAGCGUUUAUGAUAAUCAAGGUAUCUUCAGAAGAAACAAUUCCAGACUCAUGGAUGAAAUCCUGAAGCAGCAGCAGGAGCUCCUGGGUCUGGACGGCACCAAGUGCCCUAUAGAGCUUUUAAACAAUGGGAGUGACAAACAGGAUCAUCAAGUACUGUCCUGCCAGGCGGGGGUGAAGACGUUGUCCCCAGAUGACGGGAAGCCCAGCAUUGUGAGAGCGGCCCAGGAGCUGUGCAGGGCGGUGGAGCAGAAGGAAAGGACGGCCAAAGACAUAGACGUCCAUAUGCUGGACUCCAUACUCAGAGAUUCUGUGCAUAUACCGGACCCAGACCUGGUUCUGAAGUUUGGCCCAGUGGAAAGCACCUUGGGAUACCUCCCCUGGCACAUCCGGUUGUCUGAGUUCAUUUCCAUGCCUUCACAUACAAGUGUCUCGUAUGAGGACUUUCUCAGUGCACUGAAGCGCUACGCAACCUGUGAGCAGAGGCAGGGGAAGUGACAUCGCCGGGACCCCGCCCCCAUCUUUCUCUAUGUUUACAAGCACCCAAGAACAAGCAGCAGCGCCCCGCUGCACCCCCCGUAACCCCAGUGUUUUAUUUCAGCUCCUCCGGGCAAGGCUUGUGCACCACCUCUGCUUGGCCAGCAGGGGUCGCCUUUGUCUGACCAAAGGUGACUCUGCACACAGGAAGUCCAGCUGCUGAGUGCUAUGCCUGGCCCGAGGCCCGAGUCCAUUUACAAAGGAGCAAAAAUCUGAAAUGACACUGUUAGGGGUAUGGUGUAAAUCCUUAAUUGUUUGUUUUAUGUUUGUUUUUUGUGUGUGACAUCUUAAACAUAUGGUAUCCAACAGGUCCAAAAAUGAUAUCCAGAUUCAAAAUGUCUCCGAACAGAAGGUUUGUCAGAAAUGUAGACAUCUGUUGCUUAGAAUAUGUGUCUAUUCAUCAGGGCUGACCAGAUAAGCACUGCAUUGCGAUUCUCCCUAGAUAAUCUCCCGUGCUGAAUUGUGAGUGUGCUCUGAAUGUGGUUGUAAAACACAAAAGUCGAUUUGUUUUUUCUUUUUGUGUGUGUGUGGAUGGAUGAGCACUCACCUGUUAAUGAAUGUUCUGCAUGCAUAGGAUGCCCGACGACAAGGUCAUGCAGUCAUUCAGAGUCAGGGCAGAGGUGUGUGCGUGUGUGUGUGUGUGUGUGUGUGUGUGUGUGUGUGUGUGUGUGUGUGUGUGUGUGUGUGAUGCAAAUUGGUGUAUGCAUCCUCCCAGUCAGCAGGCUACGCUCAUUUACACUAAAUCCCGGCUGUUUAAUCUACAGUGCAUAAACAUUGUUCCGUCCACAAUACGUUCUGGUCUGCAUGUAAUAAAUAACUUCAAAUUGUUGAAUAAAUCUAAACAGGUGAAAGAACAUUAAAUGAACAAUGGUGUGAGGUAGUGAAACAUGCAUUUUUACACUUUUUAUUUGGGGGGAGAGUUGCAUUUCCAGAUCUACUCAGUUGUCUUUAAAUGGUCCCCAUCAGUUUGUACACAAUUACUUGAAAUUCAUUUGGUGUUUGAUUAAUGGUUCUUGGCCCUCAGUAAUGUUUUUCCACAGAGAUGACAGCGUUUACACUGUACCAGUGCGUCAGGGCUCUCUUGCAAAUAUUUCCUGUAUAGACACUGGUCAAAAUGUGCAGGUGGGGGUUUGAUUGGCAGCUCUGAUUGUCUUUCUUUCUGUAGAUUGUACCAGUUCCAGCCAAUUAGUGUAAACACCCAAGUAAAUAUUACGGAAGACUCAGCUGGCCAAGAAACCUUGGAUGGAACGUCUUUGGGGCCCUUUUCAUUUGAACUUUUUCCUUUUUGUGUUUCUGUGAGCAAGGUGAAGGGAGUUAGGGGUGGAAAGCAUUUGCAUUGUGACAGAAACCAAGACAGACCUUCAGCAUUGCAGAAUCCAGAGUCUGUGUUUGCCCUGUGCCCCUGUGGCCUAUUACCACCAUUAUCAGUAGUAAUGUGGAACUUAAUCCUCCUUCCAAAAUGUAUGAAGGGUUUGAUUGCACUUUUAGGUGAAAUAAUCAGCUAUCAGCGAAUGGGAGAACCAUUUCUGAUUUGCUGUUAUCUUACCUUUCUUUACAAGGGAUACACAGUUGUAGGACUGUUGAAGAGAUAAGUGAAAAUACAAGGCACUUGAGUUCUCUCUCUCUCUCUCUUCUCUCAAUCUUCACACCAGAUUACAGGUAUAAGUGACACUAAUGCAUUUUGUGAAGUUUGUAAUGGCAAACUUAAAAAGAGCAACCUCAUUAUUAAAGUGAAAUCCAAAAUAUUGAAGUCUGAGACUGGCCAGCAGCAGAUAAUAAGGCCCUUUAAUGUGCAGCUAGGAGUGUAUGAUACGUUGGCUUGUGUACUUGCAGUCAGCAAGGUGUACUGCAAUGCAUUUCGACCCACAGUCUUCCUCGGGCAGCAAGUAACUUGUGAGGAAAGGCAGUAGGUGGAGUUGACGUCUGUUUAAUAGAUUCCCAAAGCAUGGCUGCAUUGUGCCGUAGCCAGAGGAAAGGGAAUGUUUAAUGCCGCAUAACUGUCAGGUGUGCGGCAUCUACCUGCCUUCCAGGUGCACAGCUGAAAAGGGGCCACCGUAGUUUGCAUUAACAGCGGGAUUCAUUUAUUCAUGCCGACCAAAACGCAGCUUAAUUAUCCCAUGAGGGCAAACCUCAGCAUAUGGUGGGGGUGAGCUGACUAGGAAUCUAGUGCAUUUACUUUAUUUGAUUCUAAUUUAAACUUCCCACCUGUUCCCUCAUGAGUCCUUUUAAUUGUUUCUGUCUAUUUGUAACCAAAAAGUAAAUACAUUACUUUUAGAGAUGCUUUCUGUGGUUCACAAGUCUAAUCACAACUGCUACAUUUCAUCCUUUGACUGACAGGGCAGUAACCAAUCAGAUGUCAGGCACUAAGUCUGUGUAAAGCCUAAUAUUAGCAGCAUGACCCUUUGACAGGGAGUGACAUCAGCCGUCUCCAGAAGCCGUGGCAUUAAGCAUUCUAUGGCAGGAAGUGCUACUGAGCUUAUUGAGAGGGAUUCUAAUGAUGUGAGACAAACGGCUGCUUUCACACAGAACUUAUGGAAAGUGGGACCAUUUGCUUCCAUUACUUCACUGCUGUUGUCAGACAUACUCUGGUUCUCCAGCACCUGCUCCCCCCUUUGAUUUCCCAUUCUCUGUGUUCAGCAAGUCAAAUUCUGCCUGUAACAACAUUGUUGCUUUCCAUAAAUACCUCAAACGAGUGUUAUGAUUUGCUGAUGUUGUGUCAGUUUAACUAAGCAGAGUGUUUUUGAAGCCUAAUGAUCUGUCAGUGGCAGAGCCGUGUGGUACCUGAUAAUUGAAAUGACAGCACAGUCGUGAUUAAACUGGCCAUGCAUUCACCAACAUCUCAAAAAUGGGUAUGUUAAGGGUCAUAAUAAUGAAUGACCAUCAGACUUUUCUGACAAUGGAAUAUUUUUCAAAUGCAAAAGAAAAUGUGUGCUUUAAAUAUCAUUGCACUGCCUGUUUUUUAUGUGAGCAAGGAUGUUCCUUUUUUUCCUCCCAGGGAAGAUUUGUGUAAAUUUAGCUACAUGAAUGAGCUGUAUGAAUUUGUUUCAUAAGGCUUUCUUCAAUCUGGAGGAUUUUGUCAUCCCUAAGAUCCUUAGAAAAUUUAUUAGCACUGAGGGUUUUAUGUUCUUAUUGAGCAAACAUGGCAUUUAAACAUUUAUGACUGUCCCUGUUACGACUGAAGGAGAUUAUCCUCAAUUGUGCAGAAGUCUGUCCAGGUUAGACAGAUGCCCCCCACCCCAAAACACACACACACACACACACACACACACACACACACACACACAUACACAGACACACACAGAGGUCAGUCCUGUUUUAGAAGCUGAUGACAUCAUGGAAUAUCACAAGAAAAUGCAGUUUUGGGGAUUUUUUUUGUGCUGAAUGUGAACAGUCACAGUUGUGUGGUGAAAUAAUGGUGGAAGCAUUUUCUAUUUCAAGGAAUGACCUGACCUUUGUACUUUCUUGUUGCAGCUAUGCACAGCACCAUACUUUGAGAUGACAGGCUGUCGCUGACUUUACAACUUUUGCAAGUAACUGUUCUCUCAGUUGAAAAUGGAAAAAAAUGUAUUUUUUUUUUUUUUUU